AUGAUCGACAACCUUUUUGAUUUGUUGAAGGGAGCUACUUAUUUCUCUAAUAUUGAUUUACGUUUUGGCUAUCAUCAACUUCAAUCAGAAGAUGAUCAUACUAAACAUCUUCGCACAGCGUUGCAGACACUUCGUGAACAUCAGUUGUAUGCCAAGUUUGAGAAGUACGACUUUUGGCUGCGAGAAGUGAAGUUUCUAGGUCACGUGGUGUCAGAGAUAGGGAUAUCAGUAGAUUCUACCAAAGUCUCAGCAGUUUUAGAGUGGGGACAACCUACUUCAUCUUUGGAGAUUUGGAGUUUUUUGGGAUCAGCAGGAUAUUAUCAUAGGUUCAUUCAGGGGUUUUUGAAGAUAGCGGGACCACUCACUCACCUGACUAAGAAAGGUGUACCGUUCGUAUGGGAUAAACACUAUCAGAAAGCUUUUGAUGAGUUGAAGAACAAGUUGACUUCUGUACCUGUUCUGGCUACUCCAUAG